CUGAGGAGGAGGAGGAGGAGGGAGGGAGGUGGAGGCACUGUCACGUGAUUACUGUAGGCUUCCCAACAUGGCGGCUGGGGUAGCUGCGAGCGUUGCAAGACUCAGGAUUUAAGUAGCAGCAGAGGCCAACCCUUCCUUCUCUUCCCCCUCCCACGGCAGAGACCCCGCACCGGCCUCGGACACGCCCCCUCCCCUCGUGCCUUCAUUCAUUCAUUCAUUCCAUCGGUUGUUCGGCUCUUGCCAGUACCCAGCUGCCAUGAGGGAAAAGGGCCGCAAGAAGAAGGGCAGGACCUGGGCAGAGGCCGCCAGGACGGUUCUGGAAAAAAAUCCUAACAGACCAAUGAGCCACAAAGAGAUUCUUCAGGUUAUCCAAAAAGAAGGUUUAAAAGAGAUUAGAAGUGGAACUUCUCCGCUCGCAUGCCUGAAUGCUAUGCUGCACACCAACUCCCGUGGAGAUGAGGGAAUAUUCUAUAAGGUUCCUGGAAGGAUGGGGGUCUAUACACUGAAAAAAGAUGUUCCUGAUGGGCUGAAGGAUUUGUCUGACGGCUCAGAAGAAAGCAGUGAUAUACAAUCAGAUUCUUCCACCACAGACAGCAGCAGUAGUAGUAGCAGUGAUCAGAGUAGCAACAAGGAAGGAAGAAAAAGCAGGUGGCAAAGGAAAGUAUCGGCCAGACUUUCACAAGUGUCCUCCCCACAGUCAGGCUGCCCAUCUCCUUCUAUCCCACCAGGUAAAAUCAUCUCUUCAUCUCAGAAGCACAGCAAAAAGGCACUUAAACAAGCCUUGAAGCAAAAGCAACGGAAACAGCAUCAUUGCCGAACCAGUGUGCCUGUAUCAACUAAUCACCACCUCCUACAGCAGCAUGUGAAGGUUCCUAACCAUUCUGCUCCUGCAAAAGCCGCUUGGGAAGGAAAACAGUCAGAUGGACAUUCAAGUAGCCCACAGAAUUCUACUUCUAGUUCUUCUCCCUCUGUUAAAAUUGAGCCUUCCUUGCCAAUCCUUGGGAAGAAACCAUUCCAGAGAUCUGAGAGGCUCCAUGCAAGGCAGCUGAAGAGGACAAAAUGUGCUGAAAUCGAUGUAGAAACCCCAGAAUCCAUCUUGGUGAACACCAAUCUGCGAGCUCUAAUCAACAAGCAUACAUUCAUGGGACUACCAAUUGAAUGUCAGCAGAAGCUGCUCCUGCUACUGCCAGAGGUGGACAGGCAGAUCGGAAUGGAUGGCUUGAUGAAGCUUAGCAGUUCUGCCCUCAACAAUGAAUUCUUUAAUUCUGCUGCGCAAGGAUGGAAGGAGCGACUGUCAGAAGGGGAGUUCACUCCAGAGAUGCAGCUAAGACUACGGCAGGAACUAGAAAAGGAGAAGAAAGUGGAACUUUGGAAAGAACACUUCUUUGAGAACUAUUAUGGUCAGAGUUCCGGCUUAAGCCUUGAAGAGUCCAAGCAAUUGACAUCUUAUAUUCCUACUGUUCAGAAUCAAGCACAGGCUGGGAAUCUAGCACCUCAGUUACAGAAAUGCAUAGUAGUCCAUAAAACAGUACCUGACAAAGAACAGACCAAUUCUCUGGUGGGUCCAAAGGUUCAGGUUCUCCCAGCUAUAACAGCAGCCUCUAAAGGAGAGGAAAUUGAGCAGCCCAAGAUCUUUAAGCCAGAAGAGCUUGUAAAUUCUUCUGACAACGGUGCCUCCUUCCAGAGUAGCAGCCAGAUUCCUGAGAAGCUUUCCAACAGAGUUGAGGAAUUAAAAGAGAUGACACCACAGCCUGCUUUUCUGAAGUCCCUGGUGAGACAAAUUCCAAGCAAACCAAAGAAUGCAGCCAUUGCUGGCACUAUACCAAGCCCAGAAGUAGAAUCUCAGGAGAUUUCUGCAAAGGAGACUCCUGCCGCUUGCACAGAACAAAUGGAUACUGGAAGCCGGGCUUUCAAGAGAAAAUCAGAGAUUCCUGAAGAGGCACUGAUGACACCCGAAAAACAGCUCCAUGUGACAGAAAAGUGCCCCACCAGGCUGCCUUUUCAGGGCCCACUGCAGCGCUUUCCCAUCGCGCCCACACCAAAAGUCCCUCCGCUCAGGAUCCACGUCUCCAGAAUCCAAGGAUCUCCAGCAUUACUGUCUGCUAGCCAGGUCUCUCCCAGGCCCCCCUUCCCAAUCAUCAGAAGAACAGGGGCCAGAACUUUGGCCGACGUCAAAGCCAGGGCUAGAAUGGCCAGGGCCCAGCGAGCAGCUGCUGCAGCCGAAGCAGCCACAGCAGCCUCCAGUGCUGCUUCUGCUGCCUCCAUUAUGGAAGCCAUCCCGGGGCCGGGGCCAGGAGGGGGGAAAGGAGAGGACAAGAGCAGUCCACUCUCAGGGAGGUCUCUCGGAGCUACAUUGGACACGGCAGGCUCUGGAAGCAGGACAAGUCCAAAAAGUUUUUUUCCCUCUUGCCCAGCCCCUUUCUCCCCAGCAGAUUCCCCAGCUCCAAAACCAGCAGCUACAAGCAGUGCUGCUAGAACACAACUACAGCCGGCUCCCUCAGCACAAUCCAGAACUGCAAGCAGCAACCCAGAGAUGGAGAGCGGGUCAAUCUCGCAACCAGCAAUAGGGAAUGUCAACUGUACAAAUCCCAGCCUUUUGACUGUGCCUGUCACUCAGGAUGUCACAGCUUCUUUGGGCUCAACAACUGAUCUUGCUUCCAUGAGGGAGAAACUUAGAAAUAACCCUCUUGCACUUAACCAGGUCACAAGAACAUCCUGUGGAUUUGAGACUGGAGUGAACUGCAAAAAUAUAUUAAAAACAGCUUCUACUGCCAGCACAGGUGUUUCAGACGACAAAGCCAAUACCUUGCUUUCUGUAUCUCUUGUGUCGGCUGGACCCUUCAGGGCACCCCCUCCUCUUUCUUCACCUGGCACUGUGCCCAUGUCCCCCUUACCUUCUCCUUCCCAUAACACUUUGUUGAUAGCCCGCAGCCCUAAAGUCCCCCCAGGCUCCUCAGGUUCAAGUGGAAUUACCUCUGCAGUAAAGGCCAGCUCCAGUAUACCUGCUAAUAAUCCUCUGGUGACUCAGCUGCUGCAAGGUAAAGAAGUCCCAAUGGAGCAGAUCCUCCCAAAGCCUCUGACAAGAGGUGAGAUUAAGACUGUUGCACUGCCUGUGAAGGAAGGCAAAGCAACCACAAUUGUUUCCAGGCCUGGCCCUCCAAGGGAAGGGGAAGGACAGCUGCACGUCACUUUCCCAGCAGGUAGGAAGCCAAACCUUAGUCACUGUGGACAGUCCCAAGAUCCUUCAUCCUUAUCCUCUUUAUCAGGGCAGGAGUUGUGGAGCAAACCUACAGUCCAGAGCAGUAGCCAGGAAAUUUCAGGCAAGAAUGCCCAAGAACAUAUUCUCCAGACUGUCAUGCAGAAAGUCCCUGUGCAGAGCCUCCCUGCUGCUCCUUCUCCCCCUCCACGUCUCCCCCUCCUCCCCCCACACUUCCCAGUAGAGAGCAGCUCCACCAGCCAAAGUUUCACCCUGGGAUUCAUAGGGAGAAGGACAUUCAAGCCUGCCAUGUCUGGCCAUUACCUCCUGAAUGUUUCUACCUAUGGGCGCUGCCCAGAGAACCUAAGAAGAAACCUUGCCCUACCCCCAGAGAGCCAGCAAUGCUCAGACAAGCCCCUGAUGAAAUUAGAGGAACAGAAGCAUACAUCUAGAGAUGACAGUAAUAAUAGUGGUGGUGAAAAUGAAGGAGACAGAGAUGGCAAUGUGACUGAACAUGAAACAGCACAUCUCAAGAUUAAAAAGGAAUCUCUGGCUCCAGGAAGAGGAGGAGGAAGGCAGGCAAGUUCAAAUGUAAAACUGGAGCAGGCAGCAAUAAGCCACAAGGACGGAAGCAUUUGCUUUUUCCCAGCAGGUCAAAACUAUGCUGAAAGCAAAUCGGCAAAAGAUUUUAUUCAAGCAGCCCAGGAAAAAGUGGCCCAGACAACUAGAGGAGAAAUGAGACCUUGCAGUAGGGAACUUCAGACUUGUGCUCCAGCAAAUGUUAUUCUACAGCGGCCCCUGCUGCUUUCACCCUCACCCUCUCCUCAGCUCUUUGGAAACCCUACUCCUGCACAACUUGUUGGACCAGGCUACAGUGGCACGAUCAAUGUUUCCACUUCUCCAGACAUGCAUCAAGAUACUCUCCUGACUGGACUAUCGGACCCCAGCCGCAUGGGGGAUGUAGUGUCCUUCUCUGUAACUGUAACAACUAUCCCUGCUAGCCAGUCAGCAAAUACUGGUAGCCAUGGACAAUCUCUCCGUGGCCAGGCUUUUGCAGAAGAUGGUGGCUUGGAGGACUUGCCCUCAAAGUGCUACUGUCGCUUGAAAGCCAUGAUUGUGUGCAAAGGCUGCGGGGCCUUCUGCCAUGAUGACUGUAUUGGCCCCUCCAAACUCUGUGUUUCCUGUCUUGUUGUGCGGUAGCAGUUUUGCUAGAUGGCAUCUUGUCUAGGGAGCAGGAGGGGCAUGCUGCUGAGUCAAGAGUCCCUACCCUAUCCCACUCCACAUCUACUUUGUUUCCUUGAGAAUGAAGAAAGCACCUUGGAUGAAUGGCUGAACCCAGUGGGACAAGUGUGUGCACUUAAGGAAUCAUGUAAAUAUGUUGCAUUGUUUUGUCUUAAAAAUUAUUUUUUCCAACCUUGAGAUAAAUCUAUGGAUGAGAACCUCAUGCUCAUUUUGCCUCUUGUCCUAUAGUAUAGCAGGAUUCUGGCCCAGUAGGUCCCUCUUCACCAUCAAUGUGUCUGUGUCCCAUAGGGCUCCUGAUUUGCCUCCACCUUGCUACCAUCGUGGCCUCCAUGUUUUUCUUUGACUUGCCAAAUGUCCUAGUGAAACACAGUGAUUGUGACUAUUACAUCAGCAGCCCUAAGCAACAGGAACAUCAAAAGGUGGGCAGAUAGCCUACCACCCAGUUGAAUUUUGUAGUGUUGCUGUUUACAGUAAACAAUUCUUCUUUAUUGUAUAAAAUCACCUCGAGAAGAGGCAGCGUAUUGCAGAUCAUCAGAAUUUUCAGGGCAGAAUGGGGCUUGGUGGGGAUAGUUUAUAAUUCUAAAUUAACCAAUGGCAGCAGUGAUGAUUUCCAUUUCCUGAUAUGAAUGUGUGUGCUCUGGCCUUUGAAUUUCAAUCAAGAUGCAGCAGCACAAACUCUUUUGGUCCCAGGCUCUAGAUUCUCAUUUUUCAAGAAAAAAAAAUGAUGAGAUAAAUGCUGUAGAAUAGGGCAGAAGAAACGUUUCAGAUUUUUUAACAUCAAGCCAUAAUUUUGGGUCAGUUUGUCAGCUUCUGGAAUCAUCUCUGACUCAAAUAAUUGAAAAUUUCAAGCUGGAAAAGGUAGUGGGAGGAUGUUAUUCCCUUGUGUGCAUUCUGCAAUUGCACUCUAAAGGUGUGGAGCAUUAUAUUUAGAGGAGGAAUUGAUCCUGCUCAGAAUCACCAUAUUUAAAAUAAAAUGGAGUUUCUUGACCUGGAUUUCACUUGUAGAAGGAAGGGCAUUUCCUUGGAAGUAAUUUGCAGGAUGCCAUUUCAAUUGAUGGAUGGAACUUAAGCUUUUAGGAUGAAACCUGAGCCAUACAAAAUUAGUUCUACACUUUCUGACACCUUAUUUUGUUUGCCAUCCCCUUGCCCUCCCCUCCCCAUAUUCAUUUCUAUUGCCAGAGACUCAAACUAAUUGUUGAUAAAGUGCUUUUAAGAUUAGGCAGUAAUCAGGCUCCCUAUUCUUGGUUUGUAGAAUAUACAAAGCUGUAUUUUGCUCUUUAUUCCCCUUGUCAGGGUUGUGCCAAGAUAGCUCUCAAAGCAUGGCAGGAUUUUCUAUGUCUCCUAUUCUUAACUCUACUAGGAAAAGACUAAAUUAUGGAGGUUUGAUGAAACCAGCAUAAUUUUUUCCAGCUCCAGAUUCUAUUUUUUGUGAGGCUGAUUUAAACUGAGUUAGAGAUACUUAAAGUCUCCGCAGCUGUGUUUAAUAGCUCCAUUGUAGUUUGGUUGCAUAUAACUACAAAAUUGUACAUGGCAAUUUAGGCUCCAGUCCCCAAUUAAUGUGCAGGCUUUUAGAUAAAGUACUACCCAUUAAGUAAUCGGAAAAGCUGUCAAGUCAGAAUAAAUGAAGAGAAGAACAAGCUUUAGAAGGUAAGUUAGGUAAAAUAUUUUCCUUUUGAUAGAUAAAAAUAGGAAAAGAUAGUUUAGCCAAGGCACACCCUCUCCAUGCAAGUUGAACCAUAUAAUUUCCAGUUUCCAUGUUUCAUUCUAGAUAAAAGCCAAUAUUGAUGUUUAUGGCUUGAGACAGUUUCACCAUUAACCUUUUAAAAAAUGUGUUAAGGCACCUGACUAGUAAUCAGGAAAUCAGUGCUAGUCCCAUCAUAGUCAUGCAAGCCAGCAGGGUGGCCAAGGGCCAGUCACACACACUCAGCCCAAUUUACCUCAGGGGGUUGUUGUGGGGAAAAUAGGGAGUUUUAGAUACGUUCCCUGCUUGAGUUAUUUACAGAAAUAAUAAAGGUGGGAGUAAAAAAAGAGAGAAUUGCUUGGAAGAAAGCCAAGGACUCCAUUACCCAUUUCAAGAAGCAUCACCCAUUUUUAUUACUCAUCAUGGAAAUACCACAUUAUAAUCAAUGCUACAGGAAUUGGAUCACUUUUGAUUUUAAAUUGUGAUCUGGCCGUCUGUUUUUAAUAAUGGUCUGCCAGAUAUUUCCUGGCAGCCUAUUGACAGAGUAUAGAAGUCACUUCUCUUUCAAGUUGCGUGUGCCCCCAAAACAGCACCUCUUGGGUAAGCCUAUUAUCUUCCCUAAAUUUGUAUUAUACCUUGAAGAAGGUAUCAAAGGCAGUAUCACAUUUUGUAUUGGUCAGUUCUAUAAGUUAGCCAUAUAUUUUUUUGCAUGUUUUACAUCUACAAUGUUUAUUGUAUCAGUGUGUAUCGUUCUUUUACACAUAGGUAAAAACACAUCAGUGUGUAUUGUGCUUUACAUAGUAAAAGAGUGGUCAACAUCCACAGGAAACAUAAUUUUUAAUAGAGUUAAUAAGAACCAGGAAGAAAACAAAAUUUAGGUAAAUUCAAUUACACAAGACACAUCUUUACUUUAAGAAUUAAAGUAAAUAAGUUAGAUGGCAUGAAUUUCUUGUGCUUAUACUUUUCUUUACUCCUUUUAUUCAAUAGUUCAUAAAUGUAUAAACUGGUAUCAGAAUCCCCUCAUUCUUUAGCUAUUUCUUCUUCUAGUUAAACAAUCCAUAUUUUUAAGAUUUCAGUGGCAAGGGGAAAACUGUAGCCUUUUGGUUCGUUGGCUGUCUAUUUGGCAUCUUUCCCUGGCAUCCAAAACAUCCAAAUGAGGGCAUAUUAAAUUAUCAUGGACCUACCCUUCAUUUCAGACCUUUUCCUAAUAUGAAAUUAGCUUCUCUUCAUAAUUAAUGUACAGUUUUUUCAUUUUCAUUAAGCUAUCAGGAUGACCUUAGGUCAAUUUUUCCACUUAGAUCUUAUCAGAUUCUAACUGUUACAGAAGGGAAUUUUUAAUCAUUAUUUUUGCUUUAUGCCCUCCAGCCAUUUUUUAGCUCAUUACAGCUGCAUUUUUUAUCUCCUGAAUUUUCUGAUAUUACCUAAAAACUUGAGUAAUUUACUCUUCAGCCAUAACUAAUCAGGGAAACAAAUGCAGAGUAUAUAAGGACAUAUUAAAAAGUACAAACUCUGGGGAAUUUCUUCAUUCAAAUUCCUCAAAUUUGUUUAUACUUCCUGCUAUUUUAUUGAAUAUUAAUCCACUAACAAGAUCUUACUUGUGAUUGUUGACUUUUUCAGCCCUUUAUUUUUAUAUACAAAAGAUCUCUGCUACCCAGAUGCGGAUGCUUUUGAACACUUCAAAAUAUUAGUAAAAUGAACUUUCCUCUGCAGAAACCAUGCUUAUUCUUCCUCAGCAAUUAUUUAUUAUUAUGCGUUGUAGUGCAAACUUUCAUAAUUAACUGGAGGAAAUGUUAGGUGCAUGUGUUUAUUUUAUUUUCUAGUGUUUUUUUUAAUAUAAUGACAUUACUUCGGCUACCUUUUCAUAAUUCAGUUACGAUUUGCUGUGUCACUAAAGUUUUAUUGUGAUGGAUCAGUGGAAUAAUAGCCCAUGCCUUCCAACCCCAAUAGCAUUCAAUCCCUUCUAAUUUUUUAAUCCAAUUUCUGUUGAAGCCUUGACUUAGAGCCAAAACCACUGCAACUGAAUUAUUCAUUCCAUUGUCAUUCUAUCUUUCAAGUAAUGAAUAUUCAUUUUCUGUGAUCAUCCUCUUAGCAACAUCUUAAAGUUACACUAUAACACAUCAAAGGGGGAAUUUUAUAACUAGAAUGGGUUUAUUGGUUCCCAUUGAGUUUUAUAGAACACAAGUGAGGGGUCAAACCAUGAUUCUUGUGUCAUAUAUUAAAAUAAUUAAUAGCAUAUUUGUCCCCUCCCUUUCACAAUGGUGCCUCAGAAUUGUUUCCCCUUUCUCUUAGGGGGCAGAAUUCUGAUUAUAGUAAUAUUCAUGUGCCUGGAUUCUCCAGAAUCCUUCAGCAGGGACAUUUUACCAUAAAACAUGCAGAAGCACAUUUCAUGCUUACAGGUCUAGAUUUCUGCAUCGUUGUUAAUUUAUUUUUAAAUUAUUAACAUAAUUUAUAUACCAUGCUAAAAUCUUUGAACUGUGUUCCAAAAAAAAUCUGACAUAAAAGUUACCUUCUAUAGUACACUGUCAUAACAAUGACAAUCAUUUACUAAGCAGAAAUAACAUCAAUGGCCCAAUUAAAAAGGAAGGUCUUGGGAGAUUCCCCAAAUGCCAAGAAUGAGAAAGUCAAGCAUAUAUCCAAAGGCAGCCCAUUCAAUAGGAUGGGGGCUGCCACAGAAAAAGCCUGUCUGACCCAUCUUUAGAAGGAGCUCCUUUGAUCUGAUGAAUGAAGAAAAGAAUUUUGGAUAAGGAGGUCCCUGAGACAGCCCGCUGGAUUAAGAGCUUCUUACUAAUAACAAAUUACAAACGGGGCUGACUAGAAGAUUGGUAGAAAAUUUGUAAAAGGUCAAAUUAGCAGUUAAUAAUUGCAUAUAAGGCUGUGUAAAAAGUUAAGAAUCAUGAUUUUUCUCUAUGCUCCAAAGUUCUGAAGGAGUACUAUAAUUCCUGGCCAAUGGUUUCCCAUAGUGAGAUUCACAUAACUGCAGUGUAAAGCGUUUUCAGCAUCUUCCAUGGCUUAUCAUAUGGCUAAUGAUUGUUUAGCAGAAAGGAGCAUGGAAAAGCAGAUUGUAUAAUUACCUUCCCCUUAGUUUAGCAGAGCUUCAUGAAUGGAAUAUAGCAAUGCUGACAAAAAUUUAAACUGAUUCAGCCACCUCACUCAAACUAAGCAAUAUUCAGCCGAUGGGAGGAGAAAGCCUUACCUUUUGUCUAACAUAAGAGUUAAACUGUUGUUGCAUCUACUUUCAGUUUCCAUCCAUGCAGUUGCUAGUGCAGGAUGGAUCUGCCUGCCUGAUAUAAAAUAAGCCAGUCUGCUCUUUUGGCUCAACUCAUGACAUGAUUGUUAAAUUUCUCUUAGCUGAAACACUAUAUAUGUUUGGUUGCAUCCUUAUGAAUGCAACUGAUGGGGCCUGAGAUCCAAAAGCCCCAAGGGUUCAAUAAUUGAAUGGGACAUUUAUAUUCUUGGCCUUGGUGGGGGAUAAUUGAAGUCUUAUUUUUGGAGAUGCUAGAUUGGAUAAAUCUGGAAAGUUCUGCAUAAUCCUUUCUAAGAUGAACAGGAAUGUCAAUGAGUAGAAUUUUCUAUGCUAUAUCUGAUAUAGCAGCAUCUGAUAUUUUCUUUUUGUAAAAGCCCUUUUCCUUCCCUUUCCCCUUUCCUUUCCUGAUAUUUGUGAUGAUGCUUUUGGAAUAUUGGUAAGUAUUUUCUUAAUUAGAACCACAGAAGAAUUUAUACUGAGUACUCGUGGAAAUUCAAGUAAAAAGCCAAACUGAGCACUUUCUUUCAAUAGAAAGCUCAUGCAAAGCAACUUUGCACUGAAAUGUGUUUUUUGAAAGGGUACUUGGGUAAAGUGUAAGGAAUAUGAACAACACUUCUAGCAGCUGAAAGGAUGGAACUCAGCUAUAAACCCUACUGAUACACGCAAGGUUAAAAUAGAAGAUGGAACACCCUUGAUUUUGAAAGAAGUUGAGGUGGGAUUUCUGAGUAGGUGAUUAUAAGCUUAGAAGGCCACGAUCUCCAGCUGGCCUAUUAAAUUGCACUACAGAUGGCUGUUGACUCUGUUACUGGUUCUUUUUAUCUCAUCCUCAGAUUAUAAGCCCCAGAACAUGGCAUUUUAAAAAAAUUAUUUAAUGAUGCAAUUCAUGCAGGAAUUGUGGGAAUGAAUCAGCUAUCACUCAACAUACAGUCACCUAAACUAACACCUUGGCAAACAUGGAGAUGUACAGCUUUACUUCAGAAAGGAAAGCCCACAUGCCUGUGUAACACAACAUAUUAUUCAUCCCUUAUCUUCUGAUAUUAGGUACUGCAGCUUUUAGAAGCCAUUAAAAGUGCUCAGGCAGUUUGCAUUUUCUGUCAGUUAUAUUUUGUGUACAAACCACAGGACCCCCAUUGUUCAUAUUCUAUGAGUAGGUCAUUUUGCUUGCUUGCAGUAUUACUUUUAACAGACCAAUGAUGUGUGUUUAUUUUGAGCCUGAUGGAACUGAAAUCUUUUGCAAGAAUGUAAAGAAUGGAAUUGAAACAUUUAGUCUGUCUUUACUAUGUUUUCAGUGAUUUUUCACCAAAGUGAAAAAUAGAAGCUAGGACAGUAUUUUCCACAGUGCACGCAGGCUCCACUACUGUGCAAAUUACCUGGUACCCAAAUUUCACAGUCCAUGCUGAUCCCAUCUUUGAGGCAUGGUAUUAGGGAGGGGCCAGAUUGGCAGCACACAUGAAUUGCCGGAGACGCAGCCAUGAAGUACCUUCAUCUCUGCCAAGGUUCAUUUUUAGAAACUGGUGUUUAAGUUAAAGUGGUGUAUGUGUGUUUCUCUGCGUGUAUGGGUGAGAAGAGACAUAGAUUUGUUUGCCAAGGUAGAAGGCACUAUGUUAGAAUGACUGAAACACACUUCUCUGACUUCUAUCUACAUUGUAUACUGCAGGAAUGAAACCACACACAGCCAUUUAUGUAAAUUAAGAGAUUUUGGCAGGGAGAAUAUUUGUUUCCUUCUUUCUUCCCCCCCUCCCCCAUGCAAUACAUUUGAUAUGAUUGAAAAACAAUUUUAAGAGCUUAUAAGUAAUAUAUUUUAAUUAAUAUAUAUUUUAAUACCUCUGUUUCAAGAAUGAUAAAAUGAUUUGUGAAAUUGGUGUGUGUAUGUGUAUGUAUGCAAUUUUGAACGUGUUUUUCCUCCCAUUAGGGGACCUGGUAAGCAUCCCAGGUUGCAAUAAAAAUUGAAGAACUAUAUUAAAAAAAAAGGUUUCCCAGGAACUGUUUCAUUUUUAUAAGCCAAGAAGUGAAUAAAGAUACCUUAGAGUGUACUAAACUUUAAUUGUUGCCUUUUAAAAAGAAACUUAAAUUGGAAUUGAGAAUAUAGAGAAGUCAGGUUGAGACCAUUUAAAAAGUCAUAUUUUUUCACAAAUGAUAUAGAAACAUAUUUUACUUAAAAGUUUUAAGUAUUUGAAAUAAAUAUAGGUAUGUAAAUAUACUGUAUGUACUUCAUAUAUUCUUUUAUUUUACAAUUUAUUGUAAAUGGAUAUUAAAAUUCUUUGAACUGG